AUGUCUUUAUUUCUCGCCAAGAAGCAAGAGGAUAACAACCAAAAAAAAGUCAGAGAUCUGUUACGCUUGAAAGAGAACAAGAAAUGCUUUGAUUGUCCAACAAAGAGUCCUGCCUUUGUCAACACCACCAUCCAGACAUUCAUCUGUGCCCGGUGUUCAGGUUUAGUCCGUGAAGUUGGUCAUCGAGUCAAGGCUGUCUCCGCUAGCAAGUUUUCUGGCGCUGAACUGAUGGCACUCAAGAAAGGCGGUAAUGGCAUUGCUCUCAAGAUUUGGCUCAGCAACUACAGCACCCAUGAUGCUCCCGAACCUGAGGUGGACGCUGAUGUCCGCGCUUUCAUGAAGCAAAAGUACUAUGAAUGCAAAUGGUUGGAUAGAGCUUUGCUCCAAUCUCACAAGGAAGAGGUUCGUGUCUUGAUUGCCAAGUCUUUUACCGAGGAUGGCCUCCCAAUUGUAACCAAAUCAAGAACUCGCAUAAUCCCCGGAUUCUCUCGUGUCCCAUUGAUUGCUGACAGUGAAAUGAACGUUAUGCAAGACGAUGAAGAAGGCAUGGAUACCUCUGUGAUUCAGAACGAUUCUGUCAUUCCUCCUCCUAUCGUUAUGCCUGGAUAUGCUGUUCCUGCACCUCUUCCUCAAGUCCAACCUCAAUACCAACAUCAAGCUGCUGUUGCUGCUUACCCAAUAUCAUCUGCUAGCCCUGUCUGUAGAACAUCUAUGGAUAGUAUCAACUCUUACUUAUCUUCGUCUCAAGGUGGAUCUAUUUACAACUAUCGCAGCAGCCAAGACAUGGCCAGAACAGACAUGUGUGCUGUCAAUAACAACAUGCAAAGCUUGAACAAUGCUCAACAACAACAAGUUGCCAGUGCAAGCACCGUUGCUUUGACCGCAGAGCAGAUUGCUGAACGCUGCCGUAGCUCCAUCGACUCCAACGCUUCUUGCUCAUUAUCAUCUAACGUCAGAAGCAAUAGACAAAGCAUGGAAGCAGCACAGCAACAACCAGCAAAUGCUGUAGCAUCCAUGGCCUUGACAGCAGAGCAGAUCGCUGAGCGCUGUCGUAACACUAUCGACUACAAAACUUGUGCUGAAUCAUAUCAACAGCAAGAUGCCUAUACUCCUCCCACUAUGGCUUCUGAGGCUGUAGCACCCGUUGUACCUACUGAAAAGUCCUUGCCUCAAUUAAGCAUUGAUGUCAGCAAUAACGAUUUGGUUUACCAUCGACACAGAUCAGAUUAUCAAGUCAAGUCUCCCACUUUAGUCAAUUAUAGUAACAAUAACCAACCACCUUUUAUCCAACGUGAUGGCCAUCAUGUACCAGCCUCAGCCUCACUUCGUGUAACUCCUAGCACUUCAAAUCCCAUCACGAAGCCAACAAGACCACCAAUGGCUGCCCCUGCUGCUUCAGCCUCGGUAUUUGAUAGUAUUCUUUCGGAUCUAGCAGGCCUCAAGCUUGAAAAGACUGUUCGUAGAGCUACCUACACUGGCGGUAUAUUAACUCCUGUUACUCCUGCUGCUGUGGGUAAUAGCCCAUUGGAAACAUCCAAGUCGUCUCCUCAUCCAACAGAUCGCCCUGCUUCCAUGUUCAGUGCCGAUUUCUUUUCUCAGCUUAACACAUCCAAGGCUACUGAGAACGACAGCCCUGAAAAUGAUCCUUAUGCUGCUUUGAGAGGUAUCCCAGCACCCGCUGUAGCUACUCCUACUAAAACUGAUGCUACAAAAGACGACGAAAGAAACACUUCAUCUUCAGAGGAUGAUGAUGACGAAGAGGAUCCAUGGCAAGAAUUCUGCUCCUCCUCAUCCACAGAUGGAAAUGAGGAUAGCUUUUUGGGGCCUCAACAAGUAAUCCAACCUACUCUUGAAGAAUCUAAGCCUGUAUCGAAUAUGAUUGCCAUCGAUUUGUUCAGUGAUUUAGACCCUCGCUCCAUGUUUAAACGCUUCUGA